AUGAUUACAUUUAAAGGAUUCUUUUUAAUUUUAUUACUUCCCACUAGAUUAUUAUCAUUUAUAAUUAAAUAUCCUUUUAUUAAAGGUAUACCAGGUAAAUAUCAAAAUAAUUUUUCAAAAUCAUUAUUUAUUAAAUUAUGUCGAUUAAUUCAAUUAUUACCAAUAUCUGAUAAAGGAACAUUAAAUUUUAUUCUGACAAAUUUUUUAUUAAAUAAAAUUAUGAAAUAUUUAUAUCAUACAAGAUAUUUUAUUAAAGAUUUAAAUAAUUUUGGUGAAAAAUUUGAUGAUCAAAGUUAUUGGAUUCAUGAAUCAAUUAAUAGAUGUAAAAAUGAUCCCAUAAUAAUUUAUUUACAUGGAGGUUCUUAUUAUUUUGAUAAUUCAUUAAAUCAAAUGGAAAGUUUAUUAGGAAUUUAUCAAUUAUUAAAAAAUUCAUCAUCACAACUCAAAGAUAAUAAUAAUAAUAAUAAUGAUGAUGAUGAUGAUGUCAAUAAAGAUAAAAUGAAGAGGAAGAAUAAUUUAUCAAUUUUAGUUUUGGAUUAUAAAUUAGCUAGUAAAGGUUAUAAAAUGCCUUAUCAAUUAAAUCAAUUAAUUUCAACUUAUAAAAAUUUAAUUUAUCAAGAAAAUACUAAUAUAAUAUUAAUGGGAGAUUCUGCUGGAGGUAAUUUAGCUAUUACAUUUCUUCAACAUUUACGAAUAACUAAUUGUAAAAAUUUACCUUAUCCUAAAAGUUUAAUAUUAAUUAGUCCUUGGUGUAAAAUUGUUCCUGAAUUAUCUGAUUAUACCAAAGGUCAUUCAAUGUAUGAUAAUAAUAAAUAUGAUAUAAUUGAAUGGAAAGCAGUUAAAGAAUUAAUUCAAGAUACAACUCCAUUAAUGGGUGAUUUAUCACCAGCAAAUUUAACCAUUUCACCAGGAAAUUUACCUUAUAAUCAUCAAGAUUGGGAAUCUAUUGAUACUUUAAAACAAUCAGGGUAUUCAACAUUUGUUAUUAUGGGAGAAUAUGAAACUUUACGUGAUGAUAUAUUAAAUUGGUGUCAAUAUGCAUUAAAUUCAAAUUUAUCUCUGCCAAUUAAACAUACUCAAGGAAUAUUUGAUAAUAAUAUUCAUCAAUUUGUUAGUAACCACAAUAAUAAUAAUAAUAAUAAUAAUAAUAAUAAUAAUAAUAAUAAUAAUAAUAAUAAUAAUAAUACUGAUACUGAUACUGAUACUGAUGGUGCUUAUAUUAAAUGUAUUAUUGAACCUAAUGGGAUUCAUGAUGGUAGUAUGAUAUUUGAAAAUGAUAUAUUAAAAGAAUUUCAAAAAAAUCCAACCAUGAAUUUACAAACUAUUAAUAAAGAAAAAUAUUUUGGGAUUUAUCAAAUUGUUCAAUUUUUAAAUGAAAUUUUAUAA